UUGCGCCCGCGCCUGCGCCCGUCGGCCGGUGUCGCCGCGUUCCCGUGAGGCAGUGCGGGCCAGAGGAACGACGGUUGGAGAGCCGCGGGAUCUGUGAGAGGGGAUUUUUUUUUUCUCCUGAAGAUAUCUACAGUUUGGAAAAACACACAUGUAAAGUAUAAAUUAAAAUUUAAAAGUGACACUUCAAGCUGAAAGUUUUAGGCACAGUACCUUGCACAUAGCAGGAACCUAGUAAGUGUUUGUUGAAUCUGCUUUAACUGUACUUUAUACAUGUGGAUGAAGAAAAUGCUUUCUUCUAAGCAAAUAUUGUAGUUUUAAAGAAAAACCUUUUUUUGUGUGUGUGUCCAUGGAUUUAAAUUGAAAUCAGUAUCCUGUGUACUUGUUGCUUGGAUUAAAAAAUAUAUAUGUACAUAUAUAUAUAUAUAUACACACACAUGCACACAUAUAAAUCAGAAUAAUAAAAACAUUCAUAACGAAGUUUUGGCAAUUAAGACAUGAGUUGUGGAAAUGAGUUUGUGGAAACUUUAAAAAAAAUUGGUUAUCCAAAGAGUAAUAAUCUUAAUGGAGAAGAUUUUGAGUGGUUGUUUGAAACUGUUGAAAAUAAACCUUUUUUGGAGUGGUUCUGUAGAAAUGUGAAUGAACAGCAUGUAUUGACUGAAAAAGAACUGCAAGCUUUUAGCACCCUUCAAAAAUCUGGCAAGCCCAUCCUAGAAGAACAAGCACUGGAUGAAGUUCUUAAAACUUGUAAAACUUCUGAUCUGAAAACAUCUAGUUUGGAAGGAAUUGAGCUAGAAAAAUUAGAAACUGAACUCCAAGCUCUUCAGAAGUUAAAAAACCUAAAAAUUCAGCGUCGUAAUAAAUUUCAGUUGAUAGCUUCAGCAAAUAGUCAUAGAUCACGCCAGUUAAAUGCUAAAGAAGAAGAAGUCGCUAAAAAUCUGAAGGAGAGUCAAGGAUUUCUAAAUGCUGUAAAUACCAAGAUAACUAAUCAACUUCAAAAUCUUAUCGAUGGAGUUGAGAAAUUGACAUCAUUCUUUGGUUGUUCAGAGACAAAGCAAGGGACAACUCCACCAGUGUUUUUAUCUCAACUUGCCUUGGAAAAAUACUUAAGCCAAGAAGGACAGAGCACGGUAGCAUUAACCUUAUAUACCAAAAAGCAUUUCUUUCAAGGUAUACAGGAGCUAGUUGAAAGUUCAAAUGAAGAAAAUUUUCAGCUUUUUGAUAUACAAACACCAUCCAUUUGUGAUGAUGAUAACGAAGCCCGUGAGGAGAGACGGCUUGAGAUGGCUAGGCUGCAGCUGGCUUAUGUUUGUGUCCAACAUCAGUUAAUUCAGUUGAAAGCAAAUGAAUGUAGCCUUCAGUCACGUAUAAAAUGGGCAGAGGAGACUCUUGAAACCCUGGCUAACAAGGCUAUAGGCAAAGAAGACUUUGAGGCUAAAAUUUCUAGCUUCAGCAGUGAGAUACUAAAACUUGAAGAACAAAUCAGCCAACUGAAUAAUAAAACAUUGCCUGCUGUGGUAAAAGAAAAUGCUCAAUUACUGAAUAUGCCAGUUGUGAAGGGAGAUUUUGAUUUACAGCUUGCUAGACAAGACUAUUAUACAUCAAGACAAGAAUUAGUUCUUAAUCAGCUGAUAAAACAGAAGGCAUCUUUUGAACUUCUACAGCUGGCAUAUGAAAUUGAAUUGAGAAAGCAUCGGGAUACUCACCGGCAACUUGAAAGCUUAACUCAAGAACUUAGUCAAAGUAAUACUAUACUGCAUCAACGACUAGAAAUGUUAGCUGAUCCAUCUAUAUCUCAGCAGACCCAUCCAAGGAAUACUAUUGAUGCCAAGGAUUGUUCUACUCAUAGGCUUUAUCAGCUUUUAGAAGGGGAAAAUAAGAAACAAGAGUUGUUCAAAACAUAUGAAGGCCUGGAAAAAGUGGCUCAGAAACUAAAGCAAGAUGUUUCUUCUGUACGAGAUCAGCUGGCGAUAGCUGCUCAAGAGCAUUCUCUCUUUCUGUCCAAACUGAAUAACAGCAGGGAUAUGCUUUGUGAUACUUUGUAUCGUGGAGGAAAUCAGCUUUAUCUUAGUGAUCAGGAAUUAAAGGAGCAGUUUCAUCAAGUUGAUUCUCACUUGAUAAAGCUAAAUCAUCUACUUAUGGAUAUUCUUGCUAAUGUAAAGGCAAAGAGAAGAAUUUUGGCAACUGAUAAACUAUUUCAAAUGGAGCGAGAAUUAUAUGUGUAUUUCUUCAGAGAUAAAGAACAUUUACAGAAUAUUGUGGAGAAUUUAGAGCAUCAGCAACAGAUUACAACUAUUGGUCUUAAAGAUUGAAUUAUUUUAUUGAAAAUCAGAUAUUCAAUAUUAUAUUCAUGUUAUAAAAUGUGUACUAUUCUGACUUAUAUUGGGAGGGGCAGUUUUUUUGUUUCUACUUUUGUAAUUUGCUGGUCCAGAGUACCAGCAGCUUUUAGGAGAGGAACUUUUGCCUUGUGAAAGGAAUACCAGGUGUCCUUUCUCUGUUUUCCCCCAAGGGGGGAAAGAAGCAUUCAGUUACAUUGUAAUGGGGAUGUUCUACUGUUCAGUUAUAUUUCUUUAGUUUCUUGUUUUGUCUUUUUAAAUGGAAAAGUUAAACAUUUAAAAUUAUCAAAAGGUUUUUCACGUCAGCAUUAUAGAGAUAUCCUUUGGUGUAUACAAUAGAACUGUUUCUUCAGUUGGUUAUGUAACAUUUUUCAUUUAUUGAAUCUACUAUAAACACCCCCUAUAAGUAUAAUAAUUACAGUUCCUAUUUAUAUAGCACUUCAUGGUUUACAAAGUGAUUUACCUGCAUUAUCUCAUUUGAUCCUCACAUUAAUACUGAAGUAUGUAAUGCACAGCAUUAAUAUUAUUAUCCCUGUUUUAUAGAUGAAAAAAACAAGGCCUUGAGAAGUUGUGACUUGGCCAGGGGACAUAAUUAGUAAAGGACUAAGCUGGGCAUUGAAUCCAGGUGUUCUGACACAAGGUCCACUCCUUUUUAUAUUCCAUCAUAACUGCUUCUUCUUGUAGAGUUUUGGAAGGUUGAAGAAGAGGCUGCCAUGCUAGUAAUUUAGCACUGGUGGUAAUAAAAUAAUCCUCUCAUUGUGUUUAUAGCCUUAGGGACUAGUGACUGUCAUAGGGGAAAGAACUCUGGGGCUCACACAUUUUGGUUUCUUAAUGUUCAAUAGGCAUUUUGGAACUGGUGGAGCAGUACAGAUGUUGACAAUAUUUUAGUGCCUUAAAACAAGGCUCCUGAAUAAAUCUCAGAAGUCUAUAUAAGCAGUUCUUCAGGGAAUAUGUAUCGAAUUGUUCUCUCCUUUUAUCCAUUCUAUUGAAGUGAAAUUCAAUAUACAGAGUUGCUGUAUAUUAAAGGAUACCAGUAUAGCAUUUUAAGUAAUUUAAAUAAUCUAAUAUUUACAUGGGGUCCUUUAAAACAAUGGAAAGAAAAUUAAUCUUUAUUAUCACAGACAGUGAAUGCUCACUUUUUAUAUCUAUUGGGUUCCUUGUGGUUUUAUAGAUUUUGGAGUAGGCACAGACACAGUCACAGUGUUCAAGAACAUACCUUAUCUGCUUUCAUAGUCUUUAAGAAUAUGCCUUAUCUGUUUUUAAUCUGGAAUAAUAUAGUUCUUUUAGCUUUUUCCUAGACUUUAUGGAACUAUUGAUUUCUACGCUGUAAUCAUGAGAAAAGAGGGUAAAAUUAGGUGUGAGGUAGACUUUGGUGAUAACUGUAGCUCUUUUAACCUAAGUAUUUUUUUUUGUUACUAUACUUGCUCAUUAUUAAAAAGGAAAAUUGUUAACAUUUUAAUCAGAUAAAUAAGUAGAUUUGUGAUCCUAAUCUCUUUUGAAUAAUUUAUAACAAUAAAUCAAUAAAUGCUAUCCCCAAGCUUAAAAUAACUGUCCUUCUAUACAUCUCCAGAGAUUUCCUUCUAUAGUUUUUUCUAACUUUAUUUCCAAUCUUCUUCCCCCAAGGAAUCAAAUACAUACACAUGCAACAUUCCCUAUUAACAAUAUGGAAUAAUAAGAGCUGACAUUUAUAUAGGGCUUUAAAGUUUGCAAAGCAGUUUAGUAUAUUCUUUAAUCCUGCUAGUAAACCUGUAUGGUAAAUACCACAGCUGUUAUUCCCAUUUUUCAAAGAUGAGAAAAUAGGUUUAGAGACAUACACAUGUGUGUUUUUUUGUUUUUUUAGUGAGGCAAUUGGGGUCAAGUGACUUGCCCAGGGUCACACAGUUAGUAAGUGUCAAGUGUCCAAGACCAGAUUUGAACUCAGGUACUCCCGACUCCAGGGCCGGUGCUCUAUCCACUGUGCCAUGUAGCUGCCCCUACACGUGUUCAUGUCAAAUGCAGCAUUCUUUCUAUUAUACUAUGAUAUGAACUUUUUAGCAUGCUUACAUUAGUACCAUCUAGAAAUGUAUUUUGUAUAGAUGGCUGAUUUUUCCAUGGCAACUUUAGUAUCUUUCUCUAUCUUUAGUUAUCCAUCUGGGUCAGCAAUAUGAGCUCAAGCAAAUGAGCAGUUGGUACCUGGCAUGAGGGGUGUGGAGUAGAGGGGGAGGAGACAGAGACAGAAACACAAACCCAAAUAUAAAUGCUUUUUGUAUUAUCUAUAUUUCUACAGCUCUUGGAAGAUUAGCUGUUUUGUACUUCAACUAGUAAAAUUUAAUGAAUAUAACAUUAGAUUAAACAUAAAAUUACUGAAAAUUCUAUUCUUUGCUGUGCAACUGACUGAUGCAUCAUAUGUUGUAAUUGGGUCACUUAACCUCUACGCUAGUGUCUCAGUGACUUUAUGUAAUGCGGCUAAUUGACACGUAUGCCAUGGAUAGUGAUAUUAAUAAGUAUUAGUAUACAACUUUAUUUAGUUCAGAUAAUUUAGCGGUUUUGUUUAUAAUCCUACUGUCUCAUUAAUUAAUGCACAGAUAUUGUUUUAUAUUUAGGAUUUAUGUGAAAAAUAUGGAAAAUUAUGAGGGAAAUGUAGGCUUUGACCUCUCUAAAAUGCCGCUAUCAAAUGUUGCUCAGAGGAUUAUGGCAGCCAUGCAUUCAUUUGAUUUAGUGGAGAUUAAGAAUUUCAGAGAAAAUGAAAAAAGUGAGUAAUUUUUUAUAGUUUUAAAGUUUCUUAGUUAAUUUGAAUUUUAAAUACUUCUAAGAAUAGCUCUUAAGAUGAAAAUGUACAGCAAAUCUAUAAUUUAAGAACUUUAAAUUGUAUUGGAGAAGCACUAGAUAUAGUACAUUAAAUUCCUUUUUAACACAUUAUCUUACUUGUUCCAGCUUGAUGUCUGAACUUCUCUGUUGAAUCUCUUGCUGCUGUAUUCCUUCUGCUCUUGGGCUUUUAAAAUAUCAUUUUCCCUGUUGUAGGUAGUUUACUCUCUGCUUAUAAACUGACGUAGGUGUUCAUGAACCUUUCUGGGUACCUAUGGGCUCUUUUAUAGCUAGCUUUUAAUCCUGCUUUUCAGUCAUUGAGACCCACAGGCUAAGACCCAAUCACAUUUAACCUUCCUCAAAAUCCUGACUUUUAUUUGGAAGAGAUAAAAAUACUUUUGUCUUAUCAUUUAGCAAUUAGAAGACCUUGGUUUGAAUUUUAGCCCUGUUUUUGAAUAGCUGUCUGAUUUUUCUGUAAGUCAUUAACUUCUCAUGAGUGCCACAUGUAAAAUGAGAGAGUUGGACUAUAUGAUCUCUAGGGCCCCUUCCAGCUCUAAAAUCUGUGAUCCUGUGAAAUGGAGCCCUUAAAGGA